AUGGAAGCCAUCCGGAAAUGGCUCACCCCUAAGAACAAGAAAAGGAGUAACAGAAAACAUCCGGCGAUCAAUUCCUCCGUAAGCGGCAGCGUCGAAAGACUGGCCGACAAGCCCACCCUAGAGGUAGGCCAAUAUGACCCCCGGGGGGCCGGUCACGUAGGUAUAGCGGCCAACUUCGCCCCCAGAGUAAGAGGCCGUGAUGAGACCCUCGCAUGGCUCGCCGGAGACUCGCCAGAUGCCCUCGCCGACCUCCUCACCGUCCGGGGUAGGGCCGCGCGCCAGGUGCGUCGCGGCCCCAGCACGAAGGGUACCAGGGAGAUCAAGCACAUGCUACGAGAGCCGAGCCGCAAGGCCGUCGAGCAGUUCCACAUCGUCCGCAGCCAGGCCGAGAUGGCCGUCCGGUACGGAGUUCCUGGGACAGUGGCUUACAACUUCAGCAAGUCUGUCAGAUGGAACACCACUGCCGCGCCGCGACUGCCUCUACUGCGACUCGAGAACUUUGGCAGCAUGGUGCGGGAAGCUAUUGGCACUUCGUGUACGCCGUCCCCACCUAUUGACUGGUUGGUGCUUCGCUCGCCUACGCCGCAAGCAGCUCAUCCGGGCGAGUGGCCUGUUACUCAUGUCGUAGAGACCGAGUGUCCGGAGACGCGGCGGAGUGUCGUCCAGGACAGCGAGGAGGAUGUCGUUCAGGAAGGCCAGGAGUUGAUGCCACUGGAUACCGAGAUGGCGGAUGCCGAGAGGGGAGACGAUCCGUACGACGACGCGCCCGACGUCUCCGACUGCGAAUCCGUCGCCGAAGAGUGGGAGGCCCGUGAGGCGCACAUCAUGGCCGUGACGGUGGUCCCCGCCCAAAUGGUGCGCACGAUCGACGUUAAGCCCCGGCGGCAGCGUGCGGUAGACCAGGGUCCGGUCGUCGCCGAGUUAAGUUCUCCUGAUAGUGGUGUUGUUGCCGAGAAGUAG